GAUGCCUGAUCCUGUUGCUCCGAGUACAGCAAGUGCCCCAUAUCGUUUGCCCUCGAGGACUAUCAAAGGAAACCUAGAUGUCUUCCAUUACUGUUGAAAACAAGAGUGGAGUCCCAUGCCGGGCCUCGAAGAAGAAUGUAGAUCUAUUGGCAGCGGAUCUGAACAAGGGAAUAAAUAAUUCAUGCCCCCAAAUGCCUCCUGUGCGUUCUCAUCCAUUUAGGCUGCUUGGGAGCUCUAGCUGCUGAGAUGCAGACACAGAUCGACUUCCAAAGGAUAAAAACCCUUAUAGAACGCUGCUUGCUGUUGCUUCUGUCAGCCUCCAGUUCAAAGGAUUGCAGCAGCUGCUGUGAUGUUGGCUUAAGAGGGCGAAGGCCGGACCCCCGAUUUCUCCCCCAUCAAAACUGUGGUAGUCCAAGAAGUUCUGUAGCAAGGGCAGCCUGCUAGAAUCCCUUCUCUAGGAACCGUACGAGCCCAGACAUGCCUGUGAAUGUGGAGGAAUCUAGGCAGAGUUCCUGCUGGGGACUGUGCGGAAGGAUGGCGGCUGCAGAACCCCUGACUGCUUUCUCCCGUUGGUACCUCUAUGCUAUUCAUGGUUACUUCUGUGAGGUGAUGUUCACAGCUGCUUGGGAGUUUGUGGUCAAUUUCAACUGGAAAUUCCCAGGUGUCACUAGCGUAUGGGCACUCUUCAUCUAUGGAACUUCCAUCCUCAUUGUAGAAAAGAUGUACCUGUACCUGAAGGACAAGUGCAACAUCCUAGUGCGCUGCCUGAUUUACACCCUGUGGACGUAUACUUGGGAGUUCACCACCGGCUUCAUCCUGCGCCUGUUUGAUGCCUGCCCUUGGGACUAUUCACAGUUUGACUUGAACUUCAUGGGCCUCAUAACCCUGGAGUAUGCCAUUCCAUGGUUCUGUGCAGCAGUCAUCAUGGAACAGUUAGUCAUCAGGAACACACUGCGUUUGCGAUUUGAUGAGAAUGCUGAACCCGGGUCUCCUACUACUGCUGUAACCUUGGCCAAUGGCCAUGUGAAAACUAACUGAACAGUAACUUCAAACUACACCUUGACUAAGUGAAUUCUCCUGCCCCUUUUCACUGGAGACUUUUGAUGAUGGCCUCAAAAACAAAAUUCCUGCUUCCUGUAUGAUAAACAAACCUCCUAUGUUUGGAGGCAUGCAUGAAAAAGUGGAA